UGCUUUCUUAUUGCAUGACUGAUUCUGUAGUAACAUUUUACGACAACACACUGAGAAAUAUUUACAACGCAUUUUCAUAUAUGGUCGAUCUUGAAACUGCCCAAGAUAUCUGCGCAGGGCAUCCUGGCACACACUUGGUAACCUUGGAGACGACGCAGGAACAGGAUUCAAUGAAGGAAAUGAUUGAUGAACUGGAUCUCCCUUACGAGCAGUUUUGGAUAAGUAUUGAGCGGGACUCUAUAACAGAGGUCUGGUACUGGGUUUAUCCGGACGGAACUUUAUUACCCGUCACCGACUCGAAAUUUGGUCAUGGAUACAGCUCGUCUGAUCCACCGAAUGCAUAUGUGGACCGUCGAGAUUGGUUUCAGGUGGAUAAGACAACACAAAAAUAUUUCUUUUGUGAAACAGAAGUGACAAAUGUAACCGGCUUACUUCCAACAACGACAACUACCACCACUCCAACAACUACAACUACCACCACUCCAACAACAACAACUACCACCACUCCAACAACUACAACUACCACCACUCCAACAACGACAACUACCACCACCACUCCAACAACUACCACCACUCCAACAACAACAACUACCACCACUCCAACAACGACAACUACCACCACUCCCACAACGACAACUACUACCACUCCCACAACUACCACCACUCCAACAACGACAACUACCACCACCACUCCAACAACUACCACCACUCCAACAACUACCACCACUCCAACAACGACAACUACCACCACUCCAACAACUACCACCACUCCAACAACGACAACUACCACCACUCCAACAACUACCACCCCUCCAACAACGACAACUACCACCACUCCAACAACUACCACUACUCCAACAACAACAACUACCACCACCCCAACAACUACAACU